AUGGCGCCAUUGUCACAUGACGAAUUGCUUGAGAUAUUCUCUCGAUUACCAGCAAAAGCCAUCUACAAGUUCACGUCCACCAGCAAGUCAUUCUCAAAGUUACCAAAGGAAACAUAUUUUGCAUCGAAACAGACACAAAACUCAUUGCUAAGGGAUGACACAUGUUUCUUCAUUCAACCAGACAUCACUCAGUCAUACAAUGUCCAUGUUGAAUUCCACCCUUUACCUGGGGAGGAGCUCUCAUCUGGGGUGCCUCAAUCCUCUCUCGAAUUCUUGUCUAACUCGGCCAAGAUUUUGAGUUCUAGCAAUGGCUUGAUUCUUUGUCGCGCCACUGGCGAGAAUGAAGUGAAGCUGCUCAUUACCAACCCAGCAACACAAUCCUGGUUGCCUAUUCCCACCCCUGAUGAGUAUAAACAAAAUGGUACAAGUAUUGGUGCUGUUGAUCUCAAGAUUGUUCUUGAAUGUGAUGACAAAGAUGAUUACAUGGUGUAUCUUUUUUAUGACAACUUAGUUGAUUGGUCUUCUUCAAAUUUGGAUUGCAAAGUUUAUCAUUCCAAUGAAGGAGUGUGGAAAUCAAAGCAAGAAAGAUUUUUUACUGGCAGUAGGAAACUGAAAUUUGACAUGCCUGUUCAUCACAGAGGAGCUGUUCACUUCAUCUCAGAUUGUUUUCCUUCCUGGAACAAAAAAAGUCCUUAUUUCAGGCCAUACAUUAUGUCAUACAAUUUUGAGAGUGGAAAUUCAAGAAUGCUGAGAGUGCCUAAAGAAGCAAGAAAGGGUUCUCAUGACUUGACUUGUGACAUGGGGAUUUUCAAAUGGGGAAAAGCCACUGAUCCAAAUCAAUCAAUUUGUUUGGUGAGGCUGAGGAAGCAUGUGUUCACCAUAUGGACUUUGACACACUAUGAGACAAGUGAGUGGAGAAGGGUUUUGAAGAUAAGAGUGAAAGCAAUGGUGAAGGAUCAUCCUAUUAUAAGAGUAAAGGGCUAUGCAGUUUUGAAUGGUGAUCUUUUGGUCUUUGCCACUGAGAAGAAGGUCUAUGGCUGUGGUUUGAAAGAUAUGAGGAUUCAGGAAAUCUGUGAUCAUGAAUUUGACUUCAAUGUUCUUCGCUUCACUUCAUACAAGGACACUUUGCGCACAUUUGGUACUGGUGCUGGAACUUUGCCUCUUUCUCUGCACACGUGUGGUACUAGAGCUGGAACUUUGCCUCUUCCUUCACACAAGCAGUGUUGGUAG